CAUAAGAAAAUAAAUGUAAAACUGUACUGUGCUGAUGUUGUAAAUUUUUAUCGUUUUUGAAAAAGUGUACAUAUUUAAUAAACAUUCAAUAUGGAUAACGAUUUGAGCCUAAGUUUUAGGAAAACUGUUUUUAAAAGCAUUGAAAUUCCGAGCUCAUCUAAAGUUAAAAUUACUGUUGCUUUACCAACUAAAACGACUGAAUACAAAUAUUUGAAGAUAAAUCCUCCCGAUUUGGACAAUGGUAGCAGUCAAUCUGUUUUCGUACACAGUAGAGAAACGAUACCCUCACAUUUGAAGACAGAUAUUAAAUCCUACUGGAAAAUCAUCAAAGUAUCUACUUUGGUGAUGGUAUGGAUGAUUUCUAGUUACUCUUUAAUGGCGAAUGAUGAAAAAGAUAAAGAAAAUCACCAUUUAGUUGUGUCCAAUAGCACUACUUUAAGUUUUGUGCUGUACGAACAGCCGAAAGACGGGAAACUGGAAAUAUCUUUAAAAGGUCGACUUCUACCCCCUUAUUACGGUUACCUUACAAAAGAAAAAAUCAACGUAUGGGUCCAACUAAUGGUCAUGAAAGAAGUUCCAACUGAUAAAUCGGAAAUAAAAGAAUCUGACGUCAUUUUCUUGCAGAACGUUUCAGAUGUUUGGCAACUUCCAGUAGCCAAUCACAAGCUUACCAGAGAAGUCCCAAAAGUCGAAUAUGGCAAAAUGUUCCAUCUCUUGCCUUUCAAGUAUUCUAACUACAGCGUUCAUUUAUUACGAAUACAAAUCAAAACGCAGAAUUUAAAGUCAAAUUUUACUGUCGCAAUGAAGUACAAUCUGAGACCGACAAAUCCUAAAGAUGGAAUUAUCUACGCAGCUUUAAUUUUGAUAUUUCUGUAUGGAUUGAUAAUUCUUGAUAUAAUUCAUAGAACUCUAGCUUCGAUGUUAGCCAGCACUAUAUCAAUAGCAACUUUAGCUGCUUUUGAUCAGAGGCCUUCAUUGGCAGAGCUAAUAUCUUGGAUAGACAUGGAAACGUUGACUCUCCUGUUCGCCAUGAUGACCAUGGUGUCUAUAUUUAGCGAAACUGGCGUUUUUGAUUAUGCAGCCGUAAUGGCGUUUAAAAAAACAGGUGGGAGAUUAUGGCCCCUCAUUAACGUUCUAUGUUUUAUAACAGCUCUUAGCUCUUGUUUCUUGGAUAGCGUAACUACUGCUUUACUUAUAACACCUGUUACAAUCAAAUUGUGUGAAGUGAUGAAAAUCAAUCCAGUUCAGAUUUUAAUGUACACGCUUAUUUUUGGUAAUAUCGGUGGGGCUAUUACACCAAUCGGUGACCCUCCUAAUGUUAUAAUUGCUUCAAACUCGGACGUCAUCAAAUCGGGAAUUAACUUUGGAAUUUUUACAUUACAUAUGGCUACAGGAACCCUACUGAUAUCUUUUGUCGUUUACAUACAAAUUAGAAUUAUGUACCGAGAUAUGAAGUACUAUCGUUUUGAUGAACCAUCCGAAAUUGAAGAUUUGAAACGGGAAAUAGCAGUUUGGGAAAGAACAGCAGCUUCCGUCAGCAGCUACAGCAAAGACGAAAAUCACGUAAAAGAAAGCUUGCUGAAGCAAAUGGCAACGCUUCAAAUUAAAUUGAAAGAUACUGUGCACCACAUUGGUACAUCAAUCGAUGAUAAACCUGAUUUUGAAGAAUUAAAAAAACAGUAUCCUAUAAGGAACAAAUCUCUGUUGAUUAAAUCUGGACUUACUUUGAUUCUGGUAAUGGUCGUAUUUUUCUUCAAUUCUAUACCAGCCCUAAGUAAACUGGGUCUGGGAUGGACAGCUCUUCUAGGAAGCAUACUAUUGCUUAUUUUAUAUGACACCCAAGAUUUGGAAAGUAUAUUUGCGAGAGUUGAGUGGUCCACUCUUAUAUUUUUUGCUUCGCUUUUUAUUUUAAUGGAGGCACUUUCCCGUCUAGGUCUUAUAGACUGGAUAGGACAUCAGACGCAAGCCAUUAUAACCUCAGUGGGUCCUGAAUCUCGAUUAGCCACCGCAAUAGUUCUUAUCUUAUGGGUCUCAGCCAUAGCAUCAGCAUUUGUAGACAACUUACCGAUCACGACAAUGAUGAUCAGAAUAGCAACCGAUCUGGCUAACAAUGAGGAAUUGAAUCUACCAUUACCUCCCCUGAUAUGGGCGCUUUCCUUUGGAGCUUGUUUUGGAGGAAAUGGGUCGUUGUUUGGGUCCUCUUCGAAUAUUAUUUGCGCAGGGUUGGCUGAACAACAUGGAUACAGAUUUACUUUUAUGCAUUUCACAAAGGUUGGAUUACCAGUGAUGAUAUCAAGCGUUUUAAUUAUUACAAUGUAUUUAUUGGUUUGUCAUGUAAUUCUGCAAUGGCAUUGAAUACAUAGGAAUUAUUUAUUACACGAAUAAUAAACAUUAUUACUGUAUUUUAUUAAAGUAAAUGAUAUAUUUUUUUACAAAUUUU